CACAACAAUUUAUAUAUUGAUGAUGUAAGGGGUAAAUCGAACACUAAUAUAAAAUAUCUUCAGUUAUAAAGAAUAGUGUCAGUUUGUGGUAUCAAUUACUCGCAGUAUUUUGCUAAUAUUAUUUAUAAUGGCAUCUACAUUGGGUUUUCAUGGAGCGAACAACAUCCACACUACUCUUCUCGACCCGUCCGAGAAACUUCGUCCGGAAGCCGUGUAUGCGGGAAAAUUGGAGAGUCAGUUCAGAAACUAUUCCGAAGAUCCAACCGAUCCAAUUAAAGAAAGAGUUCAGACCACUUAUUACAACAUGCAUACUAACCAGACUGUCGAUUUUGUACGAUCUCGUAUGAAUCACUGGCUUAAAUUUGAUAAAUUCAAAAUGACUGUAAAAGAAGCUUUAAUUAAAUUAAAUGACCUUGUGGAUGAAAGUGAUCCUGAUACGUCAUUACCAAACAUCAUUCACGCUUUUCAAACUGCCGAAUCAAUCAGAGAAAAACAUCCGGAUUUAGAUUGGUUUCAAUUGACUGGAUUAAUUCAUGACUUAGGCAAGGUAAUGGCAUUCUAUGGUGAACCACAAUGGGCUGUUGUUGGAGACACAUUUCCUGUUGGCUGUGCUUGGGCAGAUUCAAUAGUUUAUAGAGAUACGAGUUUUGAUAACAAUCCAGAUGGUAAAGACAAACGUUACAAUACUAAAUUAGGUAUGUACAAGGCUAAAUGUGGUAUUGACAACCUGAUGAUGUCUUGGGGACACGAUGAAUAUUUAUAUCGCGUACUCAAACAUAAUAACAGCACAAUACCAGAUGAAGGAUUAGCGAUGAUACGUUAUCACUCAUUUUAUCCAUGGCAUGCUGGUGGAGAUUACACUCAUUUUUGUACGGAGAAAGACAAUAGAAUGCUUAAAUGGAUUAGGGAAUUUAACAAACACGAUCUCUAUACUAAAAGUGAAAAUAUACCAGAUAUUGAAAAAUUUUGGCCUUACUAUGAAAAGUUGAUUGAUAAAUAUAUCCCUGGAAUUCUAGAGUGGUGAAGAAAACAAUGGAUGGUUUCACUUCAUUUUUAUAAAAAAAUAAAACAUCAAGAAAUGUAAACAAAUUUGUUUUUGUUAAAUUUUAUGUCUGCAGAAGUUAUAUCUGUUAUAACAACAUUGAUAAUAGUAGUAAAGAUUUGUUCAAGCUGAUAAUUAUACAACCACAGAGAUAAGAAAUUUAUGUAUAAAUAUAAUUGUUUAUUUACACUAUUGAUUAUUCGAACAAUUGAUUUUUUAUAUUCGUUAUUUUCAUAAUAAAGUAUAUCGAUUGUUUUACAUGAAA